AUGAAGCGCUCUCGAUCCCGAAGAAGUAGAAAACUGGGAAUUGCCUGUGGCGAGGAUAAUAUAACUGCGAUCUCUACUAGUGACUCCGAUGAGCAGGGCGAUGCUACCUAUGAGACGGAUCUGACGGAGGCGGACGAUUCUCCAAGCCCACGAAAACGUCUCCGGUCGGAUGAGAACUGCUCCGUCUUGGAGCUAGGGCUCCCUGGCGAGUUAGCAGAAUACUACGAUGAUCCAGUAGAUGAUGAUGGAAUUGAUCUGUCUGAGAUUCCUGAGGAUAUCGACGGAGAUCUCCAUCUCGAAUACACCAUGUGA